UUGGUUUUGGGGUCCUUGUAUAACUUUGCAAGAUUGUCUUUCUGCCUUCUUCUCAGCUGAUGAAUUGAAAGGAGAUAAUAUGUACAGCUGUGACAGAUGCAAAAAACUAAGGAAUGGUGUCAAGUUUUCAAAAGUUAUUCAGUUACCAGAGGUGCUUUGUAUUCACUUAAAGCGCUUCCGACAUGAGGUGAUGUUUUCCUCAAAAAUUAGCAACUAUGUGUCAUUUCCAUUGGAAGGUCUGGACAUGUCUCCAUUUCUACAUAAAGGUUAUCCUCAGGGUGUAACUACCUAUGACUUAAUAUCAGUUAUUUGUCAUCAUGGAACUGCUGGAUCUGGCCAUUAUACAGCAUAUUGUUUUAAUAAUACUAAUGAGCAAUGGUAUGAGUUUGAUGAUCAGUAUGUUACUGCUGUAGAUGAUGAAGUAGUUAAACAUUGUGAAGCAUAUGUUCUUUUUUAUCGGAAAAGCAAUGAAGGAAUGCGUAAAAAACGUGAUUGUGCUAUUAAUCUUAUUAAUUGUGCUCGAGUUGAGAAGGGUCUGCUUGUAUUUAAUGUUUCCAGACAGUGGAUUAUUAAAUUCAACAAAUUUGCUGAGCCUGGACCAAUUACUAAUAGUGAUUUUCUCUGUACUCAUGGAGGUGUGCCACCUGAUAAAGUCUCAUGUGUUCGGGACUUAUGUUCAUCUGUGCCUCAAGCUGUAUGGGAAUACUUGUAUGAAACUUUUGGAGGUGGCCCACCAUCUACACAUCUGUAUAUAUGUCCAAUAUGUCAAGAUGAGCAAGAUCUGCUUCAUUCGAAACGGAAAACAGAACUUGAUGAAUUUACAAUGAUGAAUUGUGAAUUUCAUGAAAAAAAAAGAAGUCCAAUUGUUUAUGCCUUAAGUAUGAGCUGGUUUAAAACAUGGGAAAAUUUUAUUUGCAAAGAUGAUGAUCCUCCUGGCCCAAUUGACAACAGCUCAAUUUGUUGUGUAAAAAAUAACCAAGCAGUGUUAAAAUAUGGAUCUGAUUAUUGUUCGAUAUCUGAGAAAAUGUAUGCGUAUCUCAAGGGAAUUUAUGGAGGAGGACCAGACGUAGCAGUACAAUCGAAUGCAAAUGUGAUUCCAUCUCCUUCAAGUACUCGGUCUUCAUCUUCUGGUCAUUCGAAAUCAUCCUCACAUUCUGUGAUUUCAUCUCCUUCAAGUCCUCCUCUGUCUUCAGCUUCUGGUCAUUCGAAAUCAUCCUCACAUACUGUGAUUCCAUCUCCUUCAAGUUCUCAUUCUUCAGCUUCUGGUCAUUCAAAGUCAUCCUCACAUACUGGUACUGGUGCUCAGAUUGUUUCUGUACAUACAGGUUGUCGACAGACUAUAGCUAAUCUUAGUCAGCCUUCACCUUCAGCUAGACGUAUUUUUGAUAAGGAUGAAAGCUCAUCUGCCAGUGAGGCUAAGACUACUUCAGCCGGAGAAGGGACUGAUAAAGUUGAUGAUUCUAUUGGAAAUUAGAGAAAUCAGUGCACAUUAACAUGUACAAAAUUUUGUAUAAGGACAUAUGUGCAUUGUGUUAUUGUUAUUUCAUACCUCUUUAUGCAUUAUCUCUCAUGUAUUGCAAAAAGCUGUAUUUUCAUAUAUAAAGUAGUUAAAUGUAAGCAUUAUUUGUGCAUAUGUGAACAAAUAGCACUUCAUAAUAAAUCCAGGUGUACGGUAAUAAAUUAAAAAAUUAGUAAUAGUUAAUUUCUUGAAUUUUUCUAGCAUCUUGAAAUGGUUAUUUUCUAAAUACAAUUCAUCUCUUACUUCAGGCCUUCCUUUCCAAAAUCCUAGUAUUAUAUAUUUAAGUCACACAUUCCAUUUAUGAAGUUGUAAUUUUUUUAACUGCUGAUAUUAAUAGUUUUCAAAAGUUGAAGAAAUAAUAUUUCAUUGGCUAUUUUUAUAAAGCAUAAAUUUUUAACCAUGUACAUAUUUUCAUAUUAUGUAACAUAUGUAUAUACAUAUAUAUGUGAUGCAUACGACAAUUUUACCAUUCCGCUUAGAAGCCAAAUUUUAAUCUUAAGCUGAUUAGAUUCUAAGAUAAUUAUGCUUAUUUUUGCUUACAUUCAGUAAAAGGAGAAAAUUAAAAAAAAAAAAAAAAAAAAAAUUAAAGGAAAAACUUAGCAACUAAAUUCUAAUACUGUAUACAAAGAUUUCAUUUUGCCGCAGUUUUGUUAAAUACAUCUCAAUUUUGAACUAUAAAAUUAGUUCAAAAUUGUGAUGUGUUUUAUUUUUAUCCUUGUAAUAAUUAUUUGAAACCAACUUGUAAAUCUAAAUUUCACACAGUCCAUAUAUUUCAGCAAUAACAAAUUAAGCAUGAUAUGUAAACCAGAUCUUUUCAUAAAUUAUUGUAGUAUACAUUUUUUAUGUAUUACAAUGUUGAUAGAAAUACUACUGUAAUAGUAGUAAGAGUGCCUAAGCAAGAAUGCUAUAUCAACUUUUUUAAAUCUAAAAAUCUUUUCACUUGUGACUAUGUAAUUUGUAUUUUGUAUUGUGAAAAAUUUUAUAUGAGUACAUUAUUUUGUAAUUUUACUUCUCCGAAGAACACAUUCAAAUAUUUCUUAUUGUUUUGAUUACUGUGCUAACAUUUAAACUUUGCAUUUUAGCAUUUAUUCAUUUAACUUUAGCUAUAUUUUCCUUGUAUGCUUGAUGUAAUUUUGUGUAUUAAGUGUAAAACCUAUAAAUGAAGCAUUUUGUAGCUUACUUUAAUCUGAUUUUUAGUCAUAACUGUAAUUUAUGUUAAACUUUGUUUUGAGAACAGAUUUUUAUUUCAUUUUUAGAAUUUGCUCAUAAUGUUUGUACCCCCCUCCCCCCGGUGAGUGGGAAAAUUUGUAUUUUUACUAACUUUGAGGAAAGAUAUGUGCUUUAACUUUUUUAGUAUAUUGUGAUUUUUUAAAUUAUUCAUUUGAGCUCAGUUUUUAUUAUUAAUCUUUUCAUCAGUUCAAUAAUGUAAUAAGUAUUUCAGCUUUCAUAUCAUACUUGAUUAUUGGUUGUAAAACUUUGGAUUGUAUUACUUGAUAUAAUGUCAGUAGCAUCUGAUUGUAAUACUUAAAACUUCCUUGAAAUCAAAAUGGCCAGUUAUUUUGUAAAUUAUACUAGUCUUUAAAUAUUUAUAUUAAAAAUGGUCAAGUAUGACCUUUUUUUUUUUUUUUUUUUUUUUUUUUUUUUUAAUUUAAUUUUAAAGUAGGCAUCUCAAUUCACACCUUUUUGUGAUGACUGUUAUUCAUUUCAAAAUAGAAGAAAUUUCUUCUGUGAUAUAUUAACUCUUGGAUUUUCCCACCUUGAUAUCUGUAGAAAAUUUUGUUGGCUUUGGACUAAAAUUAUAAAUGAACAUCCAUUUUAAUACAAAGUUCUAAAUUUUUUAUCUAUUUUUCAAUCUUUUUCCCAAUAUUUUGGUAACUCAAGUUACAAAGCAAUCUUCUCAAUAAAGAAGUUGUAUUUGACAUUGUCCGUAUAUUUUAUACAGCAGUUUACUUCAAAAAUUGCUGUAGUACCGACCCUGUGUGAAAGUCAAAUAACUUUCACACAGGGCCGGGGCUAGAUGUUUAGCUGCCUGGUGCAAGCUUUAUUAGCUUCUAAAUUCUGCUGCCUGGUGCCUUUCUAAAUUUUAAAAACUCACCCACCCCUAAAUUCUGGCACCAGGCAAGCUUUUAUGUGAGUAGUGUUAAAUACAGCUUCUUUACUAAGCGAGGGAAACCAUGAAAUGUAGUUUAUAACUUAAAAGGUUGUAUGUCCGAGAAUUUCCUAAUAAAUUAAAAAAAUAUUUUUGCGGGUGUUUUAUUUACUCUCUAAUAUUAUUUUUACUUUUCUUUAUAAAAAAAAAACUUUAUGGAAUUCCCCCUUUUUUAUUUAUUUUUGUAUGUAAACUUGCACUGGGUUCAGCUCCUUUGGUAGUUUGCAUAUACCGUUUUGUUUUUGGAUAAAAAAAAUUAAAAAUUUUAAUUCUUGCAAAAACAAACUCGUAUAUGAUGUCAUUUUCUGCUUUACUGAAUUUGAUUGUAUGAGGGUUUGAUAAAAAUAAGUGGCAACAUGUUAGUAUUUCUGAAAAGAUUUGACCAUAGGUAAAAUCACAAACUCCAAUAUAAUCACUUACCAUUUCUAAUCAUCACCCAAACUGUUAGAAGACUUUUUCAUCAGUACUGCUAAACCUAUUGCUGCCUCCCAGCAACUGCCUUAUAAUAUCCAUAUCCUCCUCUCCAGUAUUAUAAUGAAUCCAUUAUAGUUAGAGGGGCUUAAGCAGGUUUUCCAAUUACUUUUAUCAGGGUGAUCGAUUACAGGGCUUUCAUUAUGGCACUGUUAAUAAUCAUGAGGAAUAAUGGUAUUCAUCUCCAACUAGUGUUGUUGCAUUCUCCGGAGUGCUAGAUGCAGGUGACAAAUCCCAUUAUCCUCCAUGUUGACUGAUGGAAUCAUAAUGGAAGCAGGGUUGUGAUGUGUAAUGUUAGGAAUACCCAGUAUGUCUGUUGCCACUACUUUUCAUCCAACCCCUGCAAAUUAACCCUUAAAUGUGUGCUUUUUUUUUAAUUAAUUGAAAUAAGGAAUCGCAAUUAUGCACUUUGGGGUGCAAAAUAGAUUUUUUCUAAUAGCAACAUUUAGGACAUCAAAAGUAAAUUUUGAGAAAAUAAGACAAAUAUUUUUUUGACUAAUAUUGUUUUCCAUACUUUUAAUGGAUUUGAAAAUUUAAGAAAGAAUAGCGCUCGAUUUAAAAUCGGUGCUGUAGAAAAUUUUUAUUUGCAAUCAUAUAUUGACUGUAACCAAUUAUUAAAAAUUUACGAGCUCAUUGACUUUAAGCAGUACGUAUGUGUGAAUAUCAAGGCAACUGUUUGCAAGAGCAUGCAUUUAAUGGAUAAAAUACAAAAAUUGUUAAUAUUCAGGAAUAAUUUCACUUCUGGAUGUUAACAAUUUGGGAAUGUAAUUCUUUUUUUUUUUUUUCCCAUAAAACAUUAUUUUAAAAAUUAGACUUAUAAAUAUUUCUAGUUCUCUUAAAUGGUUGUAUUCAAAUUUAACCUGUGGACUUGUUCCUCCCUCCCCUCAGAGGAUAGGUUGCUCUCUGUGAAAAUGUUACGAUUUUGAAAUGAAGCCUUAUUAUGCAAAAUACACAUUUUUUUCUCCAAAGAUCAACUGAUUGGAAUAUUGAGCUAACAAAAAAUAUAUUACAAUAGUGUGAAAAUUGAAUGAAAAUAGGAAAAUGUAUGUUUUGAUUGCCUAUUAAUAUAUUCAUAGCCCAGUUGUACUUAAAUGUUUUUCCCCUUUUUAUCAUAUGGUUAAAAUUAUUGAUACAUUUUUCAUGUAAGUUAAGUAUAAUGAGGAUACAUGUUUAGAAUGAAACAUUCAGAUUGAGCUAGGUAGAAUAGAUUUCAGAUUCAGCAUUAUUUGUCACCAAAGCUUUUCCAUUUGACUAGUUUUAAAAUUUAUUUUUCCUCUAGUAAUAUGUAGCCUACAUGCUUAUUUGUAUUUUGGUUAUAAUGUAAUUAUAAUGGCUUAUUAAAAGAUGAUUUCUCGAUUUAAGGUAUCAAAUGUUUUAAAAUACAUUGACCUAUGCUGAAAAAUAGUUGUAGCUAAAUUUCUACAAGGUACUUCCAGGUGAACAUGCUUGAUUUUUAUGAUUUGCCUUUUAUAAAAUUCACUUAUUAGAAAGAAACUUGCUGUUUUCUAAUACUUUUCAAAUUUUCUAGUACAGAUCUCUAAGAUGGUUUAAAAAAAAAAAAAAAAAAAAAAGACUAGCCCCUUAUCCUCGGGCAUGCUGCAGAGGUGGGAGGGGGGACUUUUGUUUUUUCCUAUUUUGCAGUAUGUAAGAACUUGGUAGCUCUAUGCAGUUGUUAGAAAUUGUGCAAUAUUCAGCUGUCAUUAGUUUUUGUUAUUAUUAUUUAAAUAUAUAUCUUAUCAUUUUUGUUUUGUGUUUUGUUAAAAGAAUAAAUAUUAUUAAACUUCAGA